CUGACUAGUUGUAGCGCGCACAAUGAAAUUAGCUGCAUAUGAAUGUACUUUGCUCAGCUGUUUCUCAUUUGUCCGUUCACAUUCAGUAGUUCGUAUAGUACACAAAAGAGUUUUGAAUUCAGAUUGAAUGACGAAAGAAUCCUUAUUUAAACUAACUGAAACUCCUGAAAAUGUCUGUUGUUAAUACUUAAUGAUAUCAUUAAGUACCAACUGUAUUGUUAGUUAAUUUACAUUAUUCCUGAAGAUAUUUGUACAUACUAGCUCAAAUAAUGGACCUAAAAAACCCAUGGGAAAAUUUCAUUUUGGACCAGGCGGUCGAUAAUAUUAAUGAACCCUCUGCCUAUUUCAAUAGUAUAAAGCUCAGCAAAUUUCCUUUCCUAAAAAGCCAAUUUUCCUCCAUUGACUAUCUUCUAAAAUGUGAAAUAUGCAACGUUAUGCUUCUUCCUGAGAGUAUUUCUUUGCAUUAUGACGACCGUCACUCGGAACCUCUUAAGUCCGCUGGUUCUGCUGUGCUACCGUAUGAAGCUGUUUCUUGGUGUGAAUGUCAGGCAGAAAUCGAUUCCAAGAAGGAUCGUACUUCCAAACGAACCAAGGUUGCACCUGUUAAACGUUCCAAACGCAGUACGACGAACUCCACGGAUACCACACCAUAUCCGGUUAAAUUAGGGAUGCCAAAAACAGUCAUUACAGCUCGAGAUGCAGAAAAGUCUAGUCACGAGGAACUUAGAGAGCCUGUUUUACUAAAAUUAGCAAAGUCAGAUGGAAGAAUACCUCAAAACGAAGAAGUUUCCAAGAAGCGUUUGAAAACAUCUACAGAAAAUCAGCUUAGUGAGCGAUCAGUAUGGUCGGUUGUUUGUCCAAGGGAGAAUUCGUCUGCUAGUAAUUUUUGUGAACUUACUUCCAAAAGUCAAGAUGAGGAAAGUCGACACCUGGGGAAGAAUACAUUUGAAUGCCGAUCAAGUUUUAAUCAUUCUAACGAUUCUGGUAUCGGUUCUCAAGCACAUUCAGUUGUUCAUUGUUCGUCAUAUCCCCCAACACCUUCAUUGUCUCCACAUCUGCCAAGUUCAAGUCCGUCAAAUGUUUCUGAUGACACAACACUUGGUUUUGGCCAGUUCCGUACUGACGUUGUGAACCGACCUGUUUCGCGUUCAUCUCACUCUAGUUCUAGCAGUGGAAUCGGUAUUUCUGACCAGCACAACAGUGAUUGUGGUAACACUCUUCCAACAACAAUUUUCAAUGUAAAUAGUACAAAAAUAGUCACUUCAAUUCCUAUAUUAGACGCAAAAUCAACUGCGAAAUGCAAAGUUCAGUGCAAACUCCCGACAGUUUGUCUGCGUAACCACGUCCCUCUAUGUUCCACUUCCUCUCAAUCACUGAUCCCAGGUGAAGCAUUGACUAAGUUGCAUCCCAGUAGGGAAGUCGAACCAACUGGGUAUCACCAGGAACUCGACAGUAAGUUAGUAAAUAAUGAGUUGAGGCGGAAUGGUUUUCAUGGCUGGAUUACUGGUGAACGACUUUCAUCGUCAGAUGCCACACGCAAAGCCGAUAAUGUCAGGCGUUUAUUGGCUUUUCAGCGCCUGUCAACUUCGAAGAAUCAGACAAUUUUAUUGCAACAACCUUCUAGACAGAUAAAGAGUGUUCAUCUUGCACCUUCCUUCAUCCCACAAUAUUAUCAAACAGACAACUUGGAAGAUAAUGAAGCUUCCACUUCAAGUGUUACUGAUCGAUUCGUCCAACCAAAUAUUUUAAUACAACCUGAAAAGUCCUCAAAACUGGACCUGAUGAAUGAUAGUUCGUCUCGGGUUAACUGGCCUCCAGAAUCUUUAAUAUCUGGACCCUCUGGCACUAUGACAAGUACUGGCGGAUUACAAGAAUUCUUGGAAGAAUUAGAAGAUUCAUUUGAUCCUCUUACUCAGUGUGGCUGCUUGGAAAUGGAUGAUAUCAAGUGUAAAAAUUCUAUUCUGUGUACAGUACAUACAAUGGAGGAGAAACGUAGGGUCCCUCGUCAACAUGAUUUACGUUACCUUAUGCGUGAAGCAAGGAAGAAACAACAAAUCUUAAGACAAGUACCCAAUACCCCAUGUCAACAGUUUCCAUGGUCUGUACAAACGUCUUGUACACCUAAUACAAUGAUUGAUCUCACUGCUGACGUAAAUAGUAAUGAAAGCCUCUGUGAAUCUCAAGGCAUAAUAAAUUAUCAAGCACCCCGAGUUCCAGAUCAUUCACAGCUGUUGCGUCAUAAUACAACAUUUUCUGCAUAUGAUACUCAAGGUCGGUGUUCGAUAUAUCCUAACACACUUAACUCAAAUGUUCCUGUCGAUAUGAGAUAUGUAUCAAACAAACUAACAGCUAGAUUACACCAACGAAAUAAAUCGGUUGUCAUCGCACAACCAUGUGCUAUUGAUAUAAAACCGCAAGCAGAAUCUUUUUUAUCUUACUCCCCUCAAGUUUCAUCCAUCAACUCCAACCUUGAUAUCAAUCACUUUCGCUUUAAUCCAGUGGGGUCAGACACAAUACAAACGGGAGAAUAUCUUAGUGAAUCCAAUUCAUCUAGUGUUCUCAUGUAUCCUAGUCGUAAACAAACUCCUACUUAUUCAUCAACCUCAUAUUCAAAUACCAGAUUGAUAAAUGAACCUCAGUAUGUCGCUCAGCGUCAUUGUCUAUCUUCCUGUCAACCUACACAAUCUUGGGGUAAUCGACUGAGUCGAUAUUCGGUUGACGGAUCCGUUAAUGCUACCGUCAGUUUGGAUAAUCUUAUCAAUAGUGAAGAUUUGUGCUCAGAAGACCAUUUCAAUGAUUCUUCCCAUGAAACAAAUCUACCUCGAAAAGUACAUGUUCCUAUUGUUAAUGAAACGCCCCCAUCUACCUUUGGUUCUACUACAACUUUGUUUCCACAUUUGCCCUUAAACAGUCGGAGAUUUCAAGAAAGUCAGGGCCGAGUUGUUGUCAAUGAUAUGCGUGAGAAAUCCAUUACUGGACGAAGUAGGAAAACAUCUAGAACAUCAUAUCGUCCUUCAGGUUCUGCUACCGUUCAAGGUCCUGCUCUCACUAGUUUGUUACAUUUACGUUAUCAACAAAAACAACAACAACAGCCAAAUCAACAACAAGGCCAAUUUCAGACGAUUCCUGGACUUUUAGGUGGUGGUAAAAUUAAUCCUAACGAACAUGUAUCAUUUCGACCCACAGUUAUCGGUAAAAAUAAACCGGUGACUUCUGUAGCAGAUGUUUUUAAUUGUAAAUUACCGUCGUCAUCAUCAUCAACGAUUUUUGAAUCACAUGAAAAAGUUGAUAUUUUAAAUUCUGUCAAUCCUCAACUAGUCUAUUCUCCUUCGUUGAUAACAUCAAACAUACCAUGCACCUAUGUUGGUUUAUCAUCAAAUUAUCCUACUUCAUCAACUUCUUCUUUCAAUUCAAGAUUUUCAAAUCAGGUUUUAGAUUAUUGUGUUGAUAACUCAUUAGAUACAUAUUAUGUCUCUAAUUCCUUACAGUCUUGUCAAACUACAAUAUCUUCAUCUAUUUCAUCAUAUUCGUUACAUUCCAAUUCUAGACCUAAUAAUUAUGUUAUACAACGUAAUGUACAAUUAAAUCAACCACAAACUAGAACUUUAUUUGCACAUUCCAUUAAUUGUUCACAAACAAAUGAAACUAGUCCUAGUUUAAUGCUCUCUUCUUCUUCUUCUUCCUCGUCUUCUUCGUCUUUGACUUCUUCUUCUUCUUCUUCAUCCUCCACUACCACCACCACCCUAUCAACACCUAUUUUAUCGAGUAAUCGUUAUUUUGUCAUUCGACCAAGUGCAAUCGCACAAACACCUAAUCUAGUGGUUUGUGCUAAACGCAGGGAUACUUUUUCCACAUCUAAUAUAAAUAGAUCUUCUGAAGAUGUAUGAUAUUAUUAUUAUCACUACUCAUUACUCUACACCUUUUUGUAUUAUUCUGAACUAUUACUCUUUCUUUUUUUCUUUUCUUCUUCAGUCUUCCAUACGGUUUCUCUAAUUAAUUAAAAGUUUCCUUUGUAUUUAUUCUCUUUACACAAUAUAUAUAUAUUGAAGCAAAUCUUGUAUUUGUUAUGUAGUUAACAUCUUUAUGAUUUGUAAUUUCGAUGUUCUUGUGUAUAAGUUAUGUUCAUUAAAGAUAC